GAGAGCGCAGGGGCGUGGCCGGGCGGCGCCCGUUGCUAGGCAAGGCCGCUGGUCGCUACGGAAGUGAGGGCUUGUGGGCGGGCGGCCGCGUUGCCAAGGAAGUGUGCGGCGGCCUCAGCGGCAACCGCGCCGCCUCACGCCGGAUCCGAGGCCGGGGAAGGCCCGUCUCCCCCGGGGGGCGCAUCCGACGGCCCCUCCCAGGCCCAGCACGGGAGGACUACCCGCCCCAUCGGGCACCGCGGCAGCCCAGGCUUCCCUUCCAGGCCGGGCCCACCGCUUGAGACCCCCCCCCCUCCUUCGCCAAUCCCGCAGGCGGCUGAGGCGGCGACGGGGCCGGUCGCUGUUGCUGCGGCGGCGGUCAUGGCCGGAGGGGCAGCCGUCCGCGAGGAUUAGAAGAAUCCUUGCUCUUCGCGAUCCCGCCAUCCCUUCCUUUGGUCCCCGGGCUAAUCUGUUGUCAUGUUGAAGUUAAAGUGCUCGGAGACGGUCAGAGUUGUCGUACGAUGCCGGCCAAUGAACGGCAAGGAGAAAGUGGCUUCCUAUGAGCAAGUGGUGGAAGUGGACGUGAAACUGGGGCAAGUCUCAGUCAAGAACUCCCGGGGAACAUCUCACGAGCUUCCAAAGACGUUCACCUUCGACUCUGUUUACGACUGGAACUCCAAGCAGUUUGAGCUUUACGAUGAGACUUUCCGGCCUCUGGUGGACUCGGUUCUCCAGGGCUUCAACGGGACCAUUUUCGCCUACGGGCAAACUGGGACGGGGAAAACCUACACCAUGGAAGGGGUGCGUGGGGACCCCGAGAAAAGAGGGGUCAUCCCCAACUCCUUCGACCACAUCUUCACCCACAUCUCUCGGUCGCAGAACCAGCAGUAUCUGGUGAGGGCCUCCUACCUGGAGAUCUACCAAGAGGAAAUCAGGGACUUGCUCUCCAAGGACCAAUCCAAGAGGCUGGAGCUGAAGGAGCGGCCCGACACGGGCGUCUACGUCAAAGACCUCUCCUCCUUUGUCACCAAAAGCGUGAAAGAAAUCGAGCACGUGAUGAACGUCGGCAACCAGAACCGGUCGGUGGGCGCCACCAACAUGAACGAGCACAGUUCCCGCUCCCACGCCAUUUUCGUCAUCACCAUUGAGUGCAGCGAGGUGGGGCUGGACGGGGAGAACCACAUCCGCGUCGGGAAGCUGAACCUGGUGGACCUGGCGGGCAGCGAGCGCCAGUCCAAGACGGGAGCCCAGGGUGAGAGGUUGAAAGAAGCCACCAAGAUCAACCUCUCUCUCUCCGCCUUGGGCAACGUCAUAUCGGCCCUCGUGGACGGCAAAAGCACCCACAUUCCCUACCGAGACUCGAAGCUGACCCGCCUGCUCCAGGAUUCCCUGGGCGGCAAUGCCAAGACGGUGAUGGUGGCCAACAUCGGCCCGGCCUCCUACAACGUCGAGGAAACCUUGACCACCUUGCGGUACGCCAACCGGGCCAAGAACAUCAAGAACAAGCCCAGAGUCAACGAAGACCCCAAGGAUGCUCUCCUGCGGGAAUUCCAGGAAGAAAUUGCUCGCCUGAAGGCCCAGCUGGAGAAAAGGUCCAUCGUCAAGAGGAAGAAGAAGGAGAGGAGGAGAGACGGCGGGAUCGGGGGGGAGGAGGAGGAGGAGGAGGAAGAAGAGGAGGAGGAGGAGGAAGAGGAGGAGGGUGGAGAAGAGGGAAGGGUGGACAAAGAUGACUACUGGAAAGAGCAGCAGGAGAAGCUGGAGGUAGAGAAGAAGGCCAUCCUGGAGGAUCACAGCUUGGUCGCCGAGGACAAGAUGAGGCUGCUGAAGGAGAAGGAAAAGAAGAUGGAGGACUUGAAACGUGAGAAGGAAGCGGCUGAAAAACUGGGGGCCAAAAUCAAGGCCAUGGAGAGCAAGCUUCUUGUUGGAGGGAAGAACAUUGUGGACCACACAAAUGAGCAGCAGAAAAUUCUGGAACAGAAGCGGCAAGAGAUUGCCGAGCAGAAACGACGGGAGCGAGAAAUCCAACAGCAGAUGGAAAGCCGGGAUGAAGAGACCCUGGAGCUGAAGGAGACCUACAGCUCCUUACAGCAGGAGGUGGACAUCAAAACGAAAAAGCUGAAAAAGCUGUUUUCUAAGCUGCAAGCUGUGAAGGCCGAAAUCCACGACCUGCAGGAGGAGCACAUCAAGGAGAGGCAAGAACUGGAACAGACCCAGAACGAGCUGACCCGGGAGCUCAAGCUGAAGCACUUGAUCAUUGAGAACUUCAUUCCUCUGGAAGAGAAGAACAAGAUCAUGAACAGAUCCUUCUUUGACGAGGAGGAGGACCAGUGGAAACUUCACCCCAUCACCCGACUGGAGAACCAACAGAUGAUGAGAAGGCCGGUUUCCGCUGUGGGAUACAAGAGGCCCCUGAGUCAGCACGCAAGAAUGUCCAUGAUGGUCCGCCCGGAAGCUCGGUACAGGGCAGAAAACAUCGUCCUGCUGGAACUGGAUAUGCCCAGUCGGACCACGCGGGAUUACGAGGGCCCGGCCAUCGCCCCCAAAGUCCAGGCAGCUCUUGAAGCCGCUCUGCAAGAUGAAGAUGAGAUCCAAGUGGACGCCUCUACUUUUGAGAGCACGUCGAAGAAAUCGAAAUCCCGGCCUAAAACUGGAAGGAAGUCGGGCAGCUCCCCGUCCAGCGCCUCCACCUCUCAGCUGUACCCCCAGUCUCGCGGGCUGGUCCCCAAGUAAAAACCGGUCGCGCCUGCCGAGGGCAGGGCUCCCAUUUUGCCGUCAAAUGCAGAGGCGAGGUAACGAAGCCAUGAGGCGUUAGGACUUAUAAAAAGGAGGCCCGAGUCCAGAAGACGGCCUUUUUUGAGAAGAAACAGCAGCCUCUUCUGCAUCUGGCGGGUCAGGCUCCCCAGGGCGGUCUCUGGCCUACCGCGAAGGAACGGUUUUUCUCCUUGGGCUGCGGGGUUGAAGGCGCAGCGAGCUUUUAGUUAGCAAAUCGGAAAUGCAUGAGUUACUUUAGCGCAUCUUAGAAGCCCAGAGAAGCACGGGGAGCGGUGGCGGCGAUGGGGGCGUCUCCUUCCCCCCCAUUGCCCCCCCCCGUGGCCUUCUCUCUCUUCCUUUUCCGCUUCCUUUUCUCGCCCCUGGCUCUCCGAUUCCCGGAGCCAAAGGCCAGCGGUCACCUCGAUGACGCCCGGUAGCAAGGUUGAGAAGUGACGAGAGGAUUUUUGGUUGGGGUUUUGUUUUGGUUUUUUUUUGUUUGUUUGUUUGUUUUGCUAGCCAUGCCGACUUUUUUUCUCCCCCCCCCCUCCUCCCUUCUCCCCUUUCCAUUGAAAGACUGGCACUUUUGUGGGGCGGGUUGAAACUGCGAAAGAGGCGAGGCCGAAACAUACCACUGAAGCUUUUCGGUCGAAAACGCCAAAGGGGAACCCGCUCUCCAUUUUAUUUUUAUUUUUAUUUUUUGGCAAUAGAAGGUAGGCAGUUCCAUCAAUCCUUGGCUUGUUUGCAAGGACGAAUUAAAAAAAAAACAAGAACCACCAAACACGGUUCCAGGUGGAUCGGUUUCCUGGAGAACCUCAGCCGUGGAGACCAGGAGGGUCAACCUGGUCUAGCAGUUGUCCACCCAUAGUUGUCCCCUUCCUCUCCUCACCAUCUCCUCCUCUACAAGCUGGGAGCGUUUGUGACCCAAGGCUUCCUUGUCUUCCACUGUAGCUUCUCAUCUCCAGUUUCCCCCCCUCCCAGGAGAAAUUAAACCUCUGGGGGGGGGUGUCUUCUGCUCUCCUCUCAAUGGCAGCGUUACCAAUCGGAGCCACGCUUGAGAGGGAGGGGGGUGGACAACAAAUAUCUGGGUCGACAGGUUCCAACUCCCGUCCUCUUUUUUUGCUCCUAGUAGUUAGUAAGGCAGGCUACUGAGCACGGGGUGGAAAGUGAAUGCUGCUGAAAAAGUGGGGUGGGGGUCCAAGAGCUGAAGACUGUGCCCCCCCACCCCCCCAACACCUUUGUAUUGUUUUAUAGUUCGGUUUGUGUAUUUAACUUUGUUGCACAUGGCAAGUUCAGUUGUGGCAAGUUCAGUUGUCUCCCCCCCCCCUUUUUUUUUUUUUACAUUGACGGUUGUAACUGUGAAUAUAUUCUCAUCGGCUCUUUUCCCCGACAUGUUUUUAACGCCCGUGUUUUCUUCAACUGUGUAUAAGGGUGUACGUCUGCAUGGGUCCGUCAGGACAUUACUCUUAAGCGUAAGGGUCCUUGGUACGUGUUCUCUAUUCGGGGGGGGGGGGAGGAGGCGUAAGUAUUCCAGGGUCUUGCACCCUCUCGAAGGAGACCCCCCCCAAGAGGCGUUCUGCCGGCGUGGUGCCUCAGGAGACACACACACACCCCAGCCUCACUCCACGUUACCUUCUGCUUUUAAGUUUGCCAAGUACGUUUCUGGAUUGGCGAGCAGCUGAUCAGCCACGGAUCAGGGGGGCAUUGAUUUGGUGAGCUGGUUUGGCUUUUUAGAAACUCUGCCCAGCCUACCCACCCCUAUUUUGCUGUGGCUAAUUCCCUCUGUAAUUAAAAACAAAAUAAAUAAAAUGGACUGACUUAGAAGUGGAAGCUCAGCGACGAAUCCAAAGAUGAUAAAAAGUAUGCAAAGAUGAAGCCCGGCGCCAGCCUAUUGCUUUUCCACUGUUGAGCAGGCAGAACAAGGCCGGUCCAGAGCGUCAUCCACCUUCUUGGCAAGCAUGCAGCAGAAAGAGAAGUGGGAGUACUGACCUGUUUCCCUAACGGCCGGCUGCGUUUCUGACUUCCCCUGCUUUUCCCCACGCCAAAAACUUUUCUCCGUCUUCACCUUUCCUGUCCUGCCCUCUUAACGAGCGUUUUCUGAAGCUGACACCCCCUUUGGAAACAUUUUCAUAAACCGGGGUGUCCGCUAUUGCCUUGUUAUUUAAGGCAGCCCUUCCUGACUUGCUAUCCCUAAAUAUGUUGAAUUGACUCCUCGUAUCCCACGCCGGCGAGGAACACGAAACCUUGGUACUACGCUCAACCAAUAGAGCAGGGGUCCCCAAUGCUGGCAACUUUGAAGACUUGCGAACUUCAGCUCCCAGAAUUCCUGCGAUGCUGGCUGAGGAAUUCUGGGAGUUGAAGUCCUGCAGUAGAGGAUCUGUUAAGGCCUAUGGGAAAUUCAUUCGCUGGGCUCCUGACCUGUGCGUAAGUCCCACUGGAGUGCAUAAGCGUCCCUUGGUUCCAGCGAGGAAUAUUAUCCAUAUGAGAGAUGCUACUGUUUCCUGCAAGCAAUGUUUCCUUCCCGAGGUUACAUCUAACCGACUACUGUUUUAUCUGUACAUAAAGAACACUGUCAAUAGUUCUUUCUCUGUCCAUGGAUUUAAAGCUUGUUAUCUGUAAUAGCCUCUCUCGUCUAGGAAUGUAAAAGUGCACCUGCAAAAAUAUAAUAAAAACCAUCUGGAUUUAUUGUCUGUAAAAGAA